AUGACAAUUGACAUUGACAAUUGGGUUGGAGAAUGUGACAAGUGUCAACGGAAAGGAAAGCCGUUGGCAGCUGUUUUGCCCCUUGAAAACAUAAAGGUGUCAGCUGUCUGGGAACUAUCCACACAUCCACGAAGCAGACUCCCUUUCGCCUGCUGUAUGGAAGGGAGGCCGUUUUUCCUGCUGAACUACCUGUGCAUGUGCCGCUGUCCAUAA